CUCUCAUCCCCCUACUCCUAGAAUACUCAGAUCACCCUUAUUCCUCUCCCUUCCCUUGUUCCUCUAACCCCCCCUCUUCAUGCCACUCUUCCCCCUCCCGUCCCCUGUUACAUACGUGCCCAGAAUCACCUGUCCCCGAGACCAGCCGUCCAAUACUCGCAAGAUGACUAGUGCAAGUUAUCGCCUGGAUUCCUUUCGUCCCUGGAACCCUUUUCAUGACAAACCAGAAGCCCUGAAUAUGCCUGCCAAACUUUGUCGUUACCCAAGUCCCAUCUCCAUGACAGCCACUCCGACUUCUUUAUCUUAUAAUAAUGCACCAAAGACGCAGAGUUAUACCGAUAAAACUCAACAACAUCCUCUUCCGAACCGCCUACCGGAAGAAGUGUGCUUGAAUGCUGGAACUAAGUCGCGGGCUCAGUUAACCCUAUCCGAUUCCAGUUCGCAGCAAACUAUCACUGUGGAGCACGGCCCCCCAACUUCCUCUCCCGAGGAAACCGUCCAAACUCUAGAAGUCGAAGACACAACCGCGCGUAUCAAUCCCGCAAUUUUGAAUGACAACCCGGCUUCAACUGUACGAUACGCCUCCUAGGCUUCACCCUGUCAGGAGCUUGAUCUUGCAGGUAUUACGGAGAGCUUGUCUUCACAAGCUUCGACCUUCGACACUGUACUUCCAGCCCCACAACUCACACAAAAUACUUUAGGGGGCUCCGCGACUUCGAAUACGCACAGUACUUCAGUGACAAAGAGCUGUUAUAUCCGAAAGAGACCUAUAGGAAAUGGCCCUAGUCGGCUUCCCUUACGAGAAACCAGUCCUCGCAGGCGAGAGGCUCAUGGCCACACUUUUUCCUCUUUUCGUACUCAAUUCUUCGCAAUGUCAUUGCCAGAUCGGUUGCAGUUCGUUUCCUGGUUGUUUGAGAGCGUCCUAUCUCAAUGUCUUUCUCAGCCUAACAGCCCGGGUACCCAGUCUCCAUCAAAUUAUGGAACAGGUUAUGAUCGCAAUACAAUGUCCGAUCCUGUACACCAAUACUCAGUUACCGAGGGCGUGCGUUCCUUCGACCAGUCUUUCUACUGUGGAUUAGAGUGUGGAUCGCAGAACCACAGAGAAUCACCACUAAUCGAAAACAAAGAUCAACAAGACAAUGAUC